UAAAAAAAAAUAAUGACAUAACAAUGCACUCAAUGUUUGACGUUUCACAACGGAUUCUUUGCUUGAUACCCAUAAUUUUAAUGUGAUUUCGUUGAUUUCAUUUAUUAUUUUCGUAGAUUUCAGUUCAUUUAUCCGCCCAUCGCAGGAAUAUAAUAGUGAUAGUGUGUUUAGAUAGCAAACAGUUCGCAAAUCACGUUCCCAAUCGUCUGCGUGAUCGCAGCUUCGAACGUAUCAGAAUCGAAUUCAGUUCAAACAGUCAGUUAUCUCAUGAGGGUGUGAGCGGAUCGAAAAGCGGCGGAUCGAGUGCGGUGAUGUGAGGAGUCGGUGCGGGCGGAGCUCUCUCGGAUCGGCGCUCGGCAGGUCGCGGCCGGGUCGGGGCGAUGUCGAACGUGGAGAACGUGUGCCCGCAGGUGCUGCGCGGCGUGACGCGCGAGCUGCGGCGGCUGGCGGCGCACCCGCCCGCCGGCGUCAAGCUGCUGCUGCGCGACGACGACCUCACCGACGUGCUGGCGCACAUCGACGGGCCCGCCGACACGCCGUACGCGGGCGGCGUGUUCCGCGUGCGCCUGGUGCUGGGCCGCGAGUUCCCGGCGGCGCCGCCGCGCGCGUACUUCCUGACGCGCAUCUUCCACCCGAACGUGUCGCCGGCCACGGGCGAGGUGUGCGUCAACACGCUGAAGCGCGACUGGCGGCCCGAGCUGGGGCUGGAGCACGCGCUGCUGGCCGUCAAGUGCCUGCUCAUCGCGCCCAACCCCGAGUCCGCGCUCAACGCCGACGCCGCGGCGCUGCUGCGCGACCGCUACGACGACUACUUCGCGCGCGCCAAGCUGCUGGCCGACAUCCACGCGCGCCCGCUCGAGCCCGCCAAGCAGCAGGACGGGCCGGCGGCGGGCGGCGCGGAGCAGGCGGCGAGCGCGUCCCGCGGCGGCGAGGAGGGCCCGUGCGCCAAGCGCGAGCGCCGGCCGGCGGCGGCGGCGGCGGCGGCGGGACAGCGCGCGGCCAAAGACAAGGAGAAGGAUCGCCGCCGCAUCCUCAAGCGGUUAUGAGCGGCGCGAGGCCGCCCGUGUGUGCCCUUAGGUUAUAUCGUGGAGUAUCAGUCUGUUAAAUAAUACGAUUAUGUUCAAUAAAUUUAUCGCCCUAA